AACGCGCAUGCUCCUAGCGCGGCGCCCCCGACUCGGCGCUCGGCUCCGCUCGGGCAUUUCCGCCUCUUUGUUUUAAACUCCGGACGGGUUUUUUUCUCCUGCUCUUGGGGGGGACCCGGAGGGAGCAGCGCCCCCUCCCCCUCCCAGCGCUACCCCCGCGUGCGCCCCGCUCGUCCGCAGCCGAGACGGCAGGGUCCUGUUGAGCCUGUGCCGUCCUCGUGCCCCCACCCAUCCUCCUGUGCUCCCUGAUGUGCUUUCUUCAGCCGGCUCAUCCCUCCUGAUGAGUUGCCGUGUCUCGCCACCAGUGGUCACGGGAGGUCUGAGCAGCAGGCUUCAAGAUGUAGCAGAGGGCUCCAGGUGCCGUGUACAGAAAAUGGACAAAGAGCACAGGACGGAAGGAGGGCGCAGAGUGAAGGACAGCGUGCCGAGAGGAGCAGCGGGGCAGGACCAGUAGGACCACACAGGAGCCCGAGUGCCUGAUGCAGGGGCAGGCGGCGUCUAGAGAAGCCAAAGAUGUUGACCAGAAAGAUUAAACUCUGGGACAUAAACGCCCACAUCACCUGCCGUCUGUGCAGCGGAUAUCUCAUUGACGCGACCACGGUGACUGAGUGUCUGCAUACGUUCUGCCGGAGCUGCCUGGUGAAGUAUCUGGAGGAGAACAACACGUGUCCCACUUGCAGGAUUGUCAUCCACCAGAGCCACCCACUGCAGUACAUCGGUCAUGACAGGACCAUGCAGGACAUUGUUUACAAACUGGUUCCAGGCCUCCAGGAAGCGGAAAUGAGAAAACAGAGGGAAUUCUACCACAAGUUGGGCAUGGAAGUACCUGGAGACAUCAAGGGGGAGACUUGUUCUGCGAAGCAGCAUCUGGACGCCCAUCGCAAUGGUGAAACCAAAGCAGAUGACAGUUCGAACAAAGAUGCCUCAGAAGAGAAGCAGGAGGAGGACAGCGAUUACCACAGGAGUGACGAGCAGGUGAGCAUCUGUCUGGAGUGCAACAGCAGCAAGCUCCGGGGCCUGAAACGCAAGUGGAUCCGCUGCUCGGCCCAAGCCACUGUGCUGCACCUGAAGAAGUUCAUCGCCAAAAAGCUCAACCUGUCGUCCUUCAAUGAGCUGGACAUUUUAUGCAAUGAGGAAAUCCUGGGCAAGGACCACACACUCAAGUUUGUGGUUGUCACGAGAUGGAGAUUCAAGAAGGCGCCUCUGCUGCUGCACUACAGACCCAAGAUGGACUUGCUGUGAGCAGGCGGCACGCACAGACUCGGCCGCCGGGGCCCCAACGUGUGGCCGGCGGGACCACGACCGCCGCGCUUUAGGAUGCUGCCUCUGGGUGUCCUGCGGACCAGAUUUCUGAAUAGAGAAUAUUUAUAACUUUUGUACACGAGAACUCACAUUCAACGAGACACUACCAGCACCACGGUGGUGACAGCACGGUGGUGACAGCACCACGGUGACGAGAUGCUGAGACACUUCACAGUUCACAGAGCUGAGUAGCACUCACCACGUCCUUCAGUUUCCAGACCAGAGUGACACGUGCAGUGGUAGCGUGUUCCUUCCCCACACGUGCCCUUCGCUCGCUUCCCAGGUCUUGCAAAUCUUGGUCGUUUCUGUUCAGUUUAUGACUUAGGUUUCAUGGUAAGCCUCAAACACACUUGUAUGUUUAUUGAAUCCUUCCUAAGUUAUUGAAAAAGUAUCUUUUUAUGAAUGACGAUAUUUAUGUUGCCUUUAGUUUCCUGCAGACUCAGAAGACGUGUAAAAACCUAAUGUACAAGCGUACCCAAAGAGGUGGCCGUGGACGCUGCGCGUUGCCGUGCGGCUUAGUGGCCCCACGGUGCAGCCCAGCGUCGCCGGCAGCUCCAGGCCCCCGUGAGUGGCCCGGGCUGAGCAGCCCCACGCUGCUUUGCAGAAAAGUUCUGGUUCUUACAGAUUACUUUGGUGAUUGACUAGUGCAGUGCCACCAUUCACUGUCCUGAGUGUUCUCCCCGAUUUCAUUGUGCUGAAGAGACAUGCCGGCGUGGGGGGGAGCUUUUCCUGGGAAGGCGCAUCCAGUGGACGAGGGGCUGGCAAGGACACCAGGUCCCCAGACACCCGCCCUGUAGGGGGGACGGCUCCUGUAUCCGAAGUGGCUAUUUCAGUUCCGUAAUGACCUAACAGGCCAGUCACAGGCAGCACACACUCUGUUAGCCCAAGUGUUAACACUCUCUCCUCCCAAGUGUUAAUAUUUUUGUGGGAUUGGAGAAUGAACUCUGUGCCAGCAUACAAAUGUUUGUUCCUUUAAAGGAGCAGCUUGGGACGUGCAAAACAGGAAGGAGGAGAGGGAGCCCUUUUCCCGAGUAGCCACGGUGCUGUCUGCAAGUCCCCAACCCCUGGUGACCCUGUGGGCCGCAGCCCCACCCCCUGCCUCCGCUGGUGUCCUGGGGGCCGGGUUUUCCAUGAAGUAUUUCCCUUAGUGACUAGAGUUUUUUUCUGCAAUUUGCUUUAAAAGUGACAGUUGGGCUCAUGGCCAUUCAGGUGUGUUUGUUUUCUUCCGCGUCCUGUUUCGUGUACAGGAAUGUCAGAAGCAGCUACUCAUGAGACCUAACGUUAGUGAUGACAGAAACAUUCAAGUUAAUCCACCCCAAGCGAUUGUAAUGCAAGGCCUUUAAAGACGUCAAAACAAGUUGUUAGGAAUUGGUCAAAAUUCACCUCUUUGUUUCGACCCCUUCACUCCCAGUUCUGUUUGGAUUGUCCAGUUACCUAAGCUCGCUGUUCACCCAAAUCGUUUUUCGUUACUACACAGGGUUUACUGAGUAGGUGUGUAUGAGUAAAUAUUACCUGUCUACCUCAAAACACACAUUACUGCUGAAGCGUUCCGUAAAACACCAGUUAGCACAGUGCGGUCUGAAGUGCAACAUUAGGACGGAGGUACCUUCCUGUGCGGUGAAGUGAGCACCCAAAUUCAACGAGUCCGGUCACGGCUCAGAUGCCGUAGCGGGAAUAAUCUCAUGAUACAUAUUUGUAACUUUGUACUAUCUUUGAAAUCACUUGAAUUUGCUAUGGUGCUAAGUUGAUAUAUUUAAACAGAGGGAGAGAUGGAGGUAAGUGGGAGCCAGUGCCCACGUCACAGCUGGUUGCUGACCACUCUCGUGUGACCCCGCUUUUGUAAUCGAGUAACCUGAUGAAACCUCAGCAGCAAAAGUACCUAUUUUUCUAAGAUUUCCUUGAGCAGAAUGUUCCCCACAGGUGGGUUCCUGGUGACCUGCCUCUGGUCUGAUGCAGCCUCGUCACGAGCUCAGCGAGCCCCGCGGGGAGGGACCGGGCACGUGGGCUCCUUUCAUUAACAUCAAAAGGCUGAAUUUCAUUUUUUCCAGCAUGAAAAUCAGGAUCAGUGAGUGGCUGGAUCCUAUUAGGUUUUUUCUAGCAGAUGGAGUUACCGUGAGGUCGUUGUCACAGCUGUUUGUGCUGGUGAAACAGGCUGUCCUGUCACCGCCGUCACCGCAGUACGUCCUGUCAGCAGCAGUGGGACCGCCACCCCGCGCUCAGUCCCACCAAUACGGUUUUCAUGAAAAUAGAAAAUUCAGAUAGAAUAUAUAAUAUUGAAUUUAAGAUUUGGGGGGUUAAGAAAGAAAACUUAACUUUAUAAAAUUAUUUAUUCUAUUUUAAGCCGUCUAUCAUAUUUUCCCAUCCAGUUGUUUGGUUUCAGUGGUCCAGCUUUAUUUACAGGCAUAUAACAUGAAAUUGUGAGAUGUUU